AUGUCAUCAACAUCAAGAUGGGCGGCCGCCGACCCCGAGGAAGAAGCAGCUCUCGCCCAACGCAAACGCGAAAAGGAAUCCAAGAAACGCGCCAAAGCUGAGAGGCAACGUCUGGAGGAACAACAACAAAAACAGCAAGAAGCUCUUGCAGCUGCAGCUCCCAGUGGCGCAUCAGAAAAUGCAAGACCAACAAAACGACGACGAUUAUCCACCGAGAAUGUACCGUCAGAGCCCGCAGAUACAGAAAGGAAGCUGUUGCGCUUCCCGAGUACAGAAUGGUCGCCGUGCAGGCACGUCGACAACUACGAGCGCCUAAACCACAUCGAAGAAGGCUCUUAUGGACUUGUCUCGCGCGCCAAAGACUUAGAGACUGGCGAAAUCGUCGCGCUCAAGAAAUUGAAAAUCGACAAUGCGCCCGAUGGAUUCCCUGUCACAGGUCUCCGAGAAAUUCAGACAUUACAGCGAGCGCGACAUGUGAACAUCGUUUAUCUGAGGGAAAUAGUUAUGGGAAAUAAUAUGAACGAUGUCUACCUAGUCAUGGAUUUCCUCGAACACGACCUCAAAACCCUUCUGGACGACAUGCAAGAACCCUUUUUACCGUCCGAAACAAAAACAAUCUUGCAACAAAUCUUGUCCGCUACCGAAUUCCUGCAUGCAAACUGGAUCCUGCAUCGCGACCUCAAGACCUCGAAUUUACUACUCAACAACCGCGGCGAAGUCAAACUUGCCGAUUUCGGGAUGGCGAGGUAUUUCGGGGAUCCGAAGCCGGCGCAUUUGACGCAGUUGGUUGUUACGUUGUGGUACAGGUCGCCGGAGUUGUUGUUGGGAGCGGAGAGGUAUGGUGCGGAGAUUGAUAUGUGGAGUGUUGGAUGCAUAUUUGGGGAGUUGUUGAGGAAGGAGCCGCUGUUUCAGGGCCGGAAUGAGGUUGAUCAGUUAUCUAAGAUAUUCGCAAUAACUGGACCUCCCACUCAACAAUCCUGGCCUACAUUUCGCUCUUUACCAAACGCCAAAUCUCUCCGUCUGCCCCCUUCAUCCUCCUCAACAUCAGCUUCAUCUGGAAAAAUUACAGUCCCUUUACUUCCCCGCUCGCAAUUCCCAUAUCUCACAAACGCAGGUUUGAAUCUUCUUUCGUCCUUACUAGCACUAAACCCAUCUUCAAGGCCCACAGCAGCAGAAUGUCUUCGACAUCCUUAUUUCAGGGAAGACCCCAGACCAAAAGCGAAAGAAAUGUUUCCCACGUUUCCGUCAAAGGCGGGCCAAGAAAGAAGAAGGAAAAGGGCGACGCCGGAGGCGCCGAGGUAUGGCGAUGAGGCGCCCAAGUUGGAUUUUGCGGAUGUGUUUGGUGAUUGGGGUGAUUAUCAUUAUGAAGAGAGUGGUACAAAGAAAGACUGCAACAUAAACCAUAACACAACCGCAGAGACCAAAAUCAACAAAAAGAUAUCGGCGAAGCCAACGAAUACGAAGGACUCGUAA